UAGUCGGUUCGGAGUAUUAUAUACUUGUUAUUAAUUAUUAAAACGACAACAUGACUAGACGGAACCAGGCGACGCCUGGGGAGGACCCGACGGAAAAAACACGACAGUUAGAGGGAAAGGUAGCAGCAUUAGAAAAGACCACACAACAGCUACAUAAGAAACUAGAGAUGAUGGAAAAUCAAUAUGAAGCGUUACGACAACUCAUUAAUGACACAGAUACCAAACUACUAGUGACGACAGCACGGCAAGAAAAAGAUAUCCAGACAUUACAGACCAAUGUUACUUCAUUACAGAAUACAAAAAACGAUGGUAAUGUUAUUAACACUAUCACCAGAUCAACAGUAGAUAUUACAGCCCCAACAUUUAGUGGAGAGAGCAAGACAGAACACCCAAAACAAUUCCUUAAGGAUAUGUAUAAUUACCUGGAUCACAAACAAAUUACUGCCAGAAGAGAAAAAAUGAUAGUAAUAGAAAACAAUCUUCGUGGAAAAGCAUCAAAAUGGUACACAAUGAUCAAAGAUGCAGCUCUAGACGAAGUAACAUUCAGUGAAUUGUUCCUCAAGCAUUUUUUCUCUGAAAAUCAUCAAUGGGAGAUUUUCAUUAAAUGCACAGAAGCGGGAAAAAAACCUAUUAAAAAGGAUUUUCAGGAACAUUUUCAUCAUUGGAUGGCGGAAUUAAAACACUUAGACUCACCUAAGAUGAAUGAAGAACAAGCAAUCAACUUAAUUACAAAACAUUUCCCGAUAGCUAUCCAAGCAUAUAUACAAACAACAAAAGAAAAGAAGUUUUUACCUAUAUGGGAAAAAUUAGGUGAAUUAGAAAAUAAUAAAAAUCACGAAGAGGAACCAAUCAAACAAAAUAAUCAAACACAACAAUUUGCAAGUCGAUAUAAUAUGCAGCAACAACCACGAAACUUCAACUAUCGGCAGGGGCAAUAUAAUGCAGUACAACAGACACGACAGCCGAUUGGGAAUAAUCAAACGCCAUACCAACCAAACACGCGGCAAUCAGCGGGAGAAAAAACACAACAGAACCAAUACGUCCCGAAAGCAGUAAAACAAAUGGUAAUAUACAACGAUGAUGAUAAUGAGACAUACGAGGAAAACGAUAUAGAAACUGAAAACAGCGAUGAGUCAAAAAACCAAAAAUGGGGGACGAUGGACCUGGAUCAGCCACUGUCAUAAACACCCCUG